CCGGGCGGCGCCUUUGCGACCAUGGAACAUGAGGAGGAGAUGGUUUGGGGUGAAGCAAAGAAGAGCGACGCUCCCCUAGACGGAGUGCCCGGGUUUAUGAAGCCUGGGGGCAACAGAGCCGAGACGAACCCGUUUCUGCGCAAAAAGGUCGCAGAUUCCACCGAGUCUAUGUCCAAGUUGAACCUGGAGCCCAGCAACCCAUGGCAACUGUCGAGAGAGCCAGCUGGACCUUCGCAUAGUGUCCCGGAAUUCAAGGACACCUGGGAAGAUGCUCCCGCAAUUGUUCCGUCGCUCCCGCCGAAGGACAUAUGGGAGACUCCUACACCACCACCCGCCUCAUCGCCCGCGCUGGUUUCCCUGCCUUCAGGAAGCGAGUCUCCGGCUUGGGAUGAAGACCCUCUGGGGAAGAAUAAGGCUCCUGCGCCGCCAAUGGCUACAGUGUCUGAUGAAUUCACAGAAGAGACGCACGUAUGGGAUGACUUGGGAUCAAAGGGCAAGGCCAAGGCUACCGAGGAAUGGAACUUGAUAGAUGCAGAACCGUCGGAACCAACCGACACAAAACCACCUCUGCCGCCGAGACGAUCUACCGAUAAACUAAGCUGGAAACCCUCACGACAACAAGUUGACGGCGCGGAGACCUACCAGGUCAAGAAUAUCAAGUGGUACGACCCGACCGCACCGACGAACCCCCGCACCUCUCCCAUUUUAAUCCAAAACGCCAACGGACCAUGUCCCCUGGUGGCUCUCGUCAACGCCUUGACAUUGACAACGCCAGCCGAGAACGCCGAUACUGCGCUGGUCCAGGUUCUCCGAUCUCGGGAACAAGUCAGCUUAAAUCUGCUACUGGAUGCUGUGUUUGACGAACUCAUGUCUCCCCGGAGAACGAGCUCCGAAGAUGCGCUACCCGACGUCUCGGACCUCUACGCGUUCCUCCAGAGCUUGCACACUGGGAUGAACGUCAAUCCCCGAUUCAUUCCCACUGCGCAAAUGAUCAAUGCCUACAAGCGCACAUCCCUGACACACCUGCACCCGACUGAACGAGGUGACCUCAUCCCCGGGACUUUCGAGAACACGGCUGAGAUGAGUCUAUACGCCACCUUUUCAAUUCCGCUGAUCCACGGGUGGCUACCUCCCAAGUCGGAGCCAGCGUACGAGGCUUUGGAGCGGCAGGCUGCGUCCUACGAAGAUGCGCAAAACCUGCUGUUCCGAGAAGAGGAACUCGAGAGCAAGCUUUCAACAGAGGAUGGGCUGGAUGAGUCGGAACAGCAACUGUACCAGGAUAUCCUGGUCAUCAAGUCAUUUUUGAUGGCCUCAGCCACGCAGCUUACGCACUGGGGAAUCGAAGUCAUUGGCAGAGCGAUUCGCCCCGGCACGUUUGCGAUUCUGUUCCGAAACGACCAUUUUAGCACGCUGUACUGCCACCCUGACACGAUGCAGCUACUGACGCUGGUGACGGACGCUGGAUUCAAGACUCAUGACGAAAUUGUUUGGGAGACGCUAUCCGAUGUCAACGGUGAGAGCACCGAGUUUUUGUCAGGGGACUUUCGGAUGAUAGGAACUGGAGUCGUUCUCGCAUCUAGCGAUGACAACGAAGGCGAUUGGACGACAGUGCAGAGACGAGGCAAGGCACGGCAAGAGGAAGAACCCAUGAGUCCAAGCACCGAGCAAGAGGAUAGAGACUUGGCACUUGCGCUGCAGCUACAAGAAGAGGAGGACGAGCGACACAGGGCAGCUGAGGCCAGGCGUCGGAGGGAAAGCAUCCUGUCAGAGCAGUAUAUCGAGCAACAAGGUCGCCAACCGGGGCCUAACCCGGGAAUGACCACGGGAAUGGAACCAGGACGAGGUCGUGGAGGUGGGGGAGUCGGACUAGCUCCAGCGCGAAGCAGCUCCAACGUCGCUACUCAGCCUCGACCCAACCAACAAGUGCGGUCUCUGAUCCCACCGCAGCAACAGGGCGUGACAGGACCUGGCGGGGCAAGACCGAUUGCGGCGAGACCCGCGAGACCUGGCGUAAACCGACCGGCUGAAGAUGGAGACGAUGCCCCGCCGUCGUAUGAACAAGCGGCGCAUGACGUAGCGUAUCAGCCGCCGAUGGGACAUCCGAGCCAUGCAGGCAGUAGCCCAGCCGUGUCAAGACAGUCGACG